AUGUCAGAGUUUCCAUCCAAGCUCUCCAAAAACGUAAGUUUUCACAGUGUGCGUGACAAUGACAACGAGACGGACAUCAGUGGCGAAGGUAUGGUUGAAAUCGACCAGCUUGAUUCUUCCGCUUAUCAAGAUGACCAAGUUGGGGAGGCAACCAAGGAGGACGAGAACGUCUCGUCUUCAAGCUCCAGCAGCGAGGACAGGAUGUUCAACAGGAGAUCUUCUGCUGGGUCAAAACUCAGCGAACGGCGAGUUCACCGCCCUCCCCGCUGGGCAACGAGGAUCCUUACCAGUUCAGCUUUUCUCAUCUUCAAUGUGACGCUGAUUACUCUCAACACCUUCUGGAUGGGUAUCCACGCCGAUGGCUUUGUCAUGCGUGAGCAUCAAGUCAUUGACAACCUUGACGUAUACUAUGUGGUCGAGAGCGUCUUCACAGGCCUCUUCUUUGUGGAGCUUCUGAUCCGCCUCCUUCACUAUGCAAAGUGGCAACUGUGGAAAGACCCGCUGCUGCUGCUUGAUACCGUGGUGAUAGUGAUCCCAGCAGUGGAAAUGUGGAUUUGGCGACCACUGUCAAGACGAUCGUUGGACAACAUCGCCAUAACGACGGUAAUGAGUCUGUUUCGGGUAUGCCGGAUUGCUCGAGGCAUCAUGACAUUGGCGAGCAUCAAAUGGCUUCGGCCACUCUACUUGUCCGCCAUGGGUCUGAAGCACUCACUCAGCUACUUGUUCGCCAUGACGAUGUAUUUGGCCACGAUGUUGUUUGCCGCCUCAGUGCUCUUGUGCGAGCUCGUGGGUCCCAGCAGUCCUAUCCACAUCAGCCUUCCGGUUGUGAUCCGUACUCGCUUCUCUUCCGUGGCGUCUGCUUACCUUACAUUGGUGGAGUGCUUGCUGGGAGGUGUGGAGUGGGGGCCACAGCUGGCAAACACCUUGCUCUUCAGCACGGGAACGGCGAUCAGCGGGAUCGUUUUCUUCGGCUUCCUCACGUUUGGCGUCAUGCUGUGGCUUAACAUUGUGAAAGGAGUCUUCGUGCACCAGGUGGACCAAUCUUUUGAAUUCACGAAUGUCACGAAGUUCAAGGAUUCUGAGCUCCAGCAGCUGACCCAGGAGCUCUUGAAGCAUUUCGUCAGAGCCAUUCACGAAAUGGACAGCCAGGACACCGGUGCGAUCUCGUUUAGCGACAUCUCUGCUGUAUUGCCUCACCAUCUGGACGAACUGGCGGAUGUGGGCGUUGGUUUGCCAGAAGCGAGGAAGAUCUUCUACGAGCUGGACACCACCUCCACGGGGUAUGUCUCGAUCUCGCUGUUCAUCAGCCGAAUCGAGGACUACAUGAAGUACAAGCCUGUUGAGGUUCUCAUCUUCGAGAACCAGCAGUUCAGGCUCUUGCAGCUCAUCAAGAAACUUGGUAGACGAAACUUGAAGAGUUUUUCCAAGGUUUCUCAGAGCCUCGAGAUCAUGGCUUCUGAUCUGGCUCAGGCCUUUGCCACAAAAGAGGAGAUGCCAGCUUCCAUUGACGAACAGAUCGAGAAACAGCGCGGGCGGGUGCGGUCGUCUGCGAUAGUUUCAAAUGCAGAAGCAGCACGAGAGCUGGACGAAAAGAUCCUGUCGAACGAGCCCUCGCCAAGGUCGGCGAGGCCCUUGGCGCAGGCGCACAGGAAGCCUUUGACCAGCAGUACAAACUUCAUCAUCGACAUGUGGGAAGAGUUCCUCGACAUUGCUUUGCUUGUCUUUGCAGAAACAGCGACCGGAAGUGAGAGAUUUGAUCGACUCCAGUGCUGCUUCUCCACGAAACAGAAGGCAGACGAGGAAGAGACCACCGACGGAUUCGUGACAGAGCGUCGCGAUGAGAUCCAGCUAAGCAAGCCGGCGAUUCCCAGCGCGAGUGAAGCGAAGAAGGCACCGUCUUCCCCUCGGUCUGGGCCUGCGCCCCCGUCGGGCCACGAGCUGGCUCCCGGCCACGAGGCACCAUCUUCUCAGCUGGCGCAGCUUGUGACGCAGGCUGACGAAAAGCCUUCGCAGCCUGCGGAGGAACAGCCUCAGCACGCGGUGUCCCCCAAGCGCGACCACAAAGGGCCCUUACCGCAGCAAGCAAUUCCGCUGCUGCCACCGCAGGACCCGGCGUUUCGCGGCAGGAAGACGUUAGUGUUAGAUUUGGACGAGACGCUUGUGCACAGUUCAUUCACGCCCGUCAAGUGUGAUUUGGUGCUGAGUGUGUUUCUGGGGAACGAGGAGCACAAGGUUUACGUGAGGAAGAGGCCCGGCGUCGAUGAGUUUCUAAAUGCCGUCGCGAAGCUUUACGAGGUGGCAAUCUUUACAGCUUCUACUGCGCUUUAUGCGAAUUCUUUGUUGGACGUGCUGGACAAGUCUGGGUGGAUCCAGCACAGGCUGUUCCGCGAAGCUUGCACAAGAUACAAAGAAGGCUACGUCAAGGAUCUGUCGCUUCUCGGGCGAAGUCUGAACGAUGUGAUCAUCAUUGACAACAUGCCAGUUUGCUAUGCUCUGCAGCCGGAGAAUGCCAUUCCAAUAAGAACGUGGAAGCAUGAUCCACAGGACACGGAGCUGCAGGACUUGCUGCCGAUCCUUCUGACCUUGGCUUACGUGGAUCAAAUUCCGCGAAUGCUGAAGGAAAUCUUGGCCCACGAAGCCAGCGAAGAGGAUGAGGCCAGUGAGGCAGGUGCCUCGUAG